CCGCGUGUUGCCAAGUUUAUGGCCUCUCCUUUCGAUGACUUUACUUUUAAGGACCGACCAUCAUCGUCUCUUUGUCGAGACGUCAACGGUUUUCCGAGAAACAACACCCAAACAAUAAUGUAACAAGACCUAUAAGCCUAUUCUUCCUUAAUCCCCCCACUCCGUUCGCAACUUCGCCCUCUCUCUCGUCCGCAGAUCCGAUCAAACAGCGCGGACGGUCUGACGCCAAAUCAAUAUCCGAUUGAUAAUCCAUACCCAGAAAAUCUUUAGCUUCCUCGAUCGUUCUUUCUAAAGUAUGGCGCCGCUGAAGGCUGUGACACUGACCCACGUGAGAUACCCGAGGGGGGACCAACUAGGUCACUUCCUAGCCUGGGUCUCGCUCGUUCCGGUCUUCAUCAGCCUCGGCGGCUUCAUUUCCCACUUCAUUUUCCGCCGUGAGCUCCAGGGUAUGUUCUUCGCUCUCGGCCUCAUCAUUUCCCAAUUCAUUAAUGAGUUAAUCAAGACAUCGGUCCAGCAAGCUCGACCCGAGACCUGCUUUCUGCUCGAGACGUGCGAUUCUCACGGCUGGCCCUCGAGCCACUCCCAGUAUAUGUUCUUCUUUGCCAUGUACUUUACUCUGUUGACGUCUAAAGGGAUUGGUCUUUGGGACUCGAGGAACAAUUGGAUUGUGAAUUCCUGGUCUUGGUCUCUGGCAUUCCUCACUAUGUAUUCUAGGGUGUAUUUGGGGUACCAUACAAUUGCUCAGGUCUGUGCUGGGGCCAUUUUGGGUAUCUUUCUUGGAUCGCUGUGGUUCUGGGUCGUGUAUUCUGUGCUUUCCCCUUACUUUCAAGCAAUCGAAGAAAGCGCAUUUGGCAGGAUGCUCUAUGUUAAGGAUACGUCUCAUAUACCCAAUGUGUUGAAGUUUGAGUACGACAAUGCGAGAGCUGCGCGGAAAAAGGUGCCUUCCAAGAGCAAUUGACCACUAACAUUCAUCUGGGUAAAUUUAAGGAAGGACAGUUAACCGGAUGCCUGGUUGGAUGACUUCAUUUGGUUAGCAUUAUGAGGCAAGCCGGCUUCUGAAGUUAGUGAUUAGUACUGGAGUUUUGAUUGUUUUAUGUUAGCGGAGACUGAAUAUCGUUAUCCUGCAUAAUUCUUAUUACGCUAAAUGAAUUAUUGCCUAAAGAUAUAUACAUUUAGAUGAUGACUACAUGUAGAUACUCAACAUAUAUCAUUUGGAUAAUUAAAAAAUCAUUGGGACA